AAAAAAGGCCGAAUAUACAGUGCAUUGGUUUCUGUUCCGUAACUCAGAACACCCAACUCAGCGGUAACCUAGAGAGUGAGUUCUCAGAUUUUUCCGGUGGAGAUGGGAUCCUUAACGAAAAGACCGUCUUUUUCUCUUUAAGGCAACCUCAAAAGUUCAUUACUAUAGAAAUAGUUCUUGCCAGAAUGCUAAAGACCGGCUGAUGAGACUGAAGGUGACAUCUUCAAGAGCUUUGAAGGCCACAUGUUAUAUACAUGUAUAUGUAUAUACACACAGAUGGGAAGGAAGAACAAUAAGAUGAAUUGUGUUGAAAAGGUUGGAAGUAGAUCACUAGCUGCGACCAUAUGGAAUGAUCUAAGUGUAGCUAUAUUCUGUGACCUGUGUAUUAAGGAGGUGGAGGCAGGACAUCCUCCUGACACUCACUUUAGCAAAGUUGGAUGGAAAAAUUUGGUUGCACACUUAAGUAAGGAGACAGGAAAGGACUAUGAUAAACCACAACUGAAAAAUAAGUGGGAUUCACUUAAAGCUGAAUGGAAAAUGUGGAAAGAACUAAUUGGGAAGGAAACUGGUUUAGGAUGGAACCCGACGAAGAAUACCAUUGAUGUGUCUGAUGAAUGGUGGCAUAGUAGAGUUCAGGUAGAUUCUAAUUAUGCAAAAUUUCGAAACAAAGGCAUUAAACCUGAGAUGGAGGAGAAGCUAGAUAGGAUGUUCUUGAAGACCAGAACCACCAGGGAACAUGCUAAGGCACCCUUGUUUGGUGUUCCAUCUGAAAGUGAGGAAGCAUCCAAAGAUGAUGCCAUUAAACUCAAAGGUAGGGGUGAUUCUGAACAGUUCAUCCCAAUUCUGACCACUCAAGCUAGAAAAAGGUCAUCAGGGAGGGGGAAAAGGAGAACAGUUCAAGAACCUGACACUCAGGUUAGGAAAGAAAAGAAAGGCAAAAGAGUUGCUAUAGGUGGGCAGAAGGUUGGAGGCACUGUGAAAUUGUCAGAAAAGAUUGAUCACCUUCUUGAGUCAGUUGACAGUAGUAGUUCUGUAACUUUUAAAUUGGAGGAAGGUGUACAUGGCAGUAGCAUUCCUGAAGUGAUGCAAGCAGUUCAAUCUUUACCUGGAGCAGAACCAGGGAGCAAAUUGUGGUUGUUUGCAACUCGGUUAUUUUUAUCUGAAGACAAGAGAGAGAUGUUCACUUACAUGAAAGAUCCUGACAUUAAGCUUCAAUGGCUUAAUUAUGAAUUCGCUGAAAAAUAACUGGGAUGCACUUAUAUUAUGAACAUUGUUGUAUUAUGUUGUUGAUAUUAUGGUUUAAACUAGUGACUGUUGUUUUGAUAUCAUAUGUAUUUGUUUUACUGUUGGUGUUAAUUCUUAUAAUUUAUGUUCGGAU